CGUGCACGUUUUCGACUAUGAUGGAUAGUGUUAGUGUUAAAGGAGCUUAUUAAUAAAUAGUUGAUAUUUAAAGCAAAUUCCAACUACUUAAUCCUAGCAACAAGUUAGGCUUAGCACUUGGACUUGUGAACCAAUAAAAGCCUUAUUAAUACAAGCGUAACAAAUGUUUACAUAUAUUGAGCACAAACUAAAUAUACUUAAACUACACAUAUAAUAAUAGAGAUUUAAACAAAACAAAAAAUAAUCUGCGCCAAGUGUGAUAAAUACCAACGGCAAUCUAUGACAGGAAAUGUUGACAAACAUUGGAGAAUGUAGAUUACUGAAUAAGUAGUAUGCGCAACAUAUUAAAGGCAACGGCAACAAGACCACAACGAUAAAAUUAUGAAGUAGCUGCUGCUUAAGCAGAGUCUGAUAAUGAUGUUCGAAAUCGUUGAGCAGGAAAUGGCUGUAUCGGAGCCAACAGGCACACCAAAGGACAUCAAAUGCAUCUAUAAUUGCUCCUGCUUUUGCUGUCGACAAGGAUGCUGCAUGGUUGUAUGCUAUUGUUGCACCUGCACGAGCUUCAACAACAGCAGAAACAGCAACAGCAAUAAAAUCAGUAGAGACAUCAGCAUUAGACCGAUAGUUGUUGUCAGAAUAGCUUGCCAAUCGAUAGUUGCCAUUCUCACACUGAUAACCAGCUACUUAGCAUUGGUCAAUUUUAGCUAUCGAAGCUUUAUGUCGAAAGCAUCCACCAGGCAUGAAUCUGGAGGCAACUCAACAGACAAUAGCAGCAGCAGCACCACCACCAGCAGCAGCAGCACCACUAGCACCAGCAACAAUAAUGUUGACAGCAAAUUAAAGGAACAAUAUGGGCACGGUCACGCUUCCUAUGAUAUUACCAAUGAUCAGCAAUUGAAAACGAAUAACUUGUGCAAAAUGUUUUUUAAUAACCGCAAGAGGCAGAGGAGACGACGUCGGCGCCGACGCCGUCGACGACGUCGUCACAAUAACAACAAUGGCAGCAGACAGAUAGGAAAUAGCAAGCAGAAACAAUAUCACGAUAGUGAUGAUACCUGUUUAUCGAUUGAGGGGUGGACAACAAUUGGACAGGACUGCAACAACAACAGCAACAACAAAUCAACUAAAGUACACACUGCACGCAGUGCAUAUCCUCCAAUGGAUGUGGGCGUAUCGACCUUAAAGACAGCUUUCGUUUCGACCUGGCCAUCAAUGAACUAUAGCAGCAGCAAGACCAAGCGCAAUCGUGCAAACCUACUUUGGCUACUAAUUGGUAUAUUUUGGCUAGAGGUUAAGCUCAUCAACUGCAAUGCCAUUGCUAGUAGCGGCGGCUACGUCUCCACCCUUGUCACUCAAAAGGGUUGCACUCUCUGCCAGCUCGAGGAGGGGAACUUUUACAGCGACAAGAAUAACCCACACACAGACUACAACAACAACAACAACAACCACAACAACAAUAACAAUUAUGCCUAUAAAAAAAGUAUUCAGAAAACAAAUAACAAUAUUGUGGUCACUGAUCGUGUUCGCUUAGAAUCGAUAAAACGACAAAUUUUAGCAAAACUUGGACUCACCCAUAAACCAAAUGUAUCCCAUCCGCUACCCAAACAGUUCAUCUGGGAGACAAUCUAUCGAGCAGACGGCGGACAAAUGGUGACAAACGAUGUAUUUGACAGCAACGCCAUCUUAGCAAAUCAUGUUCGUGAUCGCAGUCAGCGAAAGAGAAUGCGAACAGGAGCUAACGAGAUCAAUGAGAAUCGUUUGGACAGCUCAAAUAUGGCAUAUAUAAUUGGCACUACAAAUAGGAGCAGCAGUAAGAGUAGAAAUAAAACUAAGUACCAUCAUUUGAGAUCAUACUCCCCUAAAUGGCAAUCGGAAACGGAAACGGAACUGGAACCGGAACCGGAACCGAAAAGAGAAACAGAAAGGGCCAAGUUUAUCCAAAGAUCGGAUACACAAGCAAGAACAGAGAACAACAGUUCUCGUGGUUGGAAUAAGAAAACGAAGCCAAAUGCUUAUAGUAAAUCAACAUAUCUCAUAGAUAUAAAUCGUAGUAGUGAUAGUGAUAACACCAAUAACGAUAUAAAUGAUGGCGGCGGCGGCGAUCAUAUAUAUUUUAACGAUUACAGUGUUCAAAUACAUAACAAAGACCAUAAGCAUAAGCACAAGCCCACAGCCAAUCAUAAUGCGCGUGUAAAAAAAGAAGAGACCAGAGAAUACGAUACCAUCACUGUGCAGAAUCAAGACAAUGGAUUUGAUCGCGAAGACUACUUUGGCAGCACGCAAGAGAUAAUUACCUUCGCUGAGGAGGGUGCACAAUAUCGGCAAUAUCGCAUAGUGGAGUUUGCGGCGCAAAAAGCGGGUUUACCCAAUCAGAAGAUAUCCAUUAGAAGUGCGCAAAUGCAUAUACGAAUCGAAAGACAGGAUUUGAAAGUCGGAACUGUGAAUCGCUAUGUGCAACAGACAAUAAAGACUAAGCGGAAGAGUCACGCCAAUGUGCCCAGACAGAGGAUUAAGAUCUGGGUGUUUCGAAUGAGCGAAGGUAUAAAUAUGACUGAAAAGGCAAUGGAUCAGGCAUUUCUGUUUCGUGCUCUAUUUGAAGUGGAUACGGAGCGUUUGGGUUGGCAAAAGUUCGAUCUAACCGAAACGAUCCGGGAAUGGUACAGUGAUACGAGCGGGGAAAAUCUUCGUCUAUUGAUCGACUGCACUGGAUGUGGCAGUCAGUACUCUCUACAAUUGUUUCAACUGUCUGGGCCAAGACUGAAAUCGGCAUCAGAUCGUUACGUAAAUCCAAAUCGUCCAUUUCUCGUCCUUCACACGGAAUCGAUGAGACCUCGACGCGUGCGCCGGCGUGCGAUCGAUUGUGGUGGCGCGUUAAGCGGACAAUGUUGCAAGGAAUCAUUUUACGUAUCCUUCAAAGCGCUCGGUUGGGAUGAUUGGAUAAUUGCGCCUCGCGGAUAUUUCGCUAACUAUUGUAGGGGCGAAUGUACUGGACCCUUUCGUACCCCAGAUACGUUUCAGACAUUUCACGCACAUUUCAUUGAGGAAUACCGCAAAAUGGGCUUACUAAAUGGAAUGCGUCCCUGUUGUGCUCCGAUCAAAUUCUCGAGCAUGUCCUUGAUAUACUAUGGCGAUGAUGGUAUUAUCAAACGUGAUCUACCCAAAAUGGUUGUCGACGAAUGUGGAUGUCCUUAA